AUGACCACAGCAGGGACGCCUCGACCAUUCCGCAUCUCCAUUACAGACUCGAAGAUUCAGACUCUUAACGCGAAGCUUGCUAACGCAACACUUCCAGAUGAAGUCAACCAUGCAGACUGGUCAAUGGGAGCUCCGCUCGCAGACGUGAAACGACUCACACACCACUGGCAACACAACUUCUCUUGGCGUCGUGCUGAAGAACAGCUAAACAGCUACCCUCAGUUCACAUCGCAAGUCAAAGUGCCAGCCUUUGAGGAGCUGGAGAUUCACUUCAUACAUCAACGCUCUCAACGUCCCAAUGCAAUCCCACUACUGUUUAUACAUGGUUGGCCAGGCUCUUACUACGAGGCCCUCAAGCUUCUCCCACUCCUGACAGACUCAAAGGACCCGAGCAUCCCCUCAUUUCACGUUGUAGCACCAAGUCUACCAGGCUAUGCUUGGUCUCAGUACCCUACGUCAAAGAAAGGCUUCGGACUAAAGCAACAUGCCCAAGUCCUCCACGGCGUAAUGCAAGCAUGUGGCUACGAGUCAGGAUACAUCACUCAAGGGGGCGACUGGGGAGGCUUCCUUUGCCGCCUACUAGCCCACCUCUAUCCCAAAAGCGUCAAAGCAGUCCACACAAACUUCCCCGUCCACAGCUUCCCCAAACCUUGGAAGAAUCCACUCAGCUUCGCACAAGCAAUGGCAGACAUGGUGCUGUCGAGCAAAACACGCGCAGACUUAGCCCAUACCCAGCAAUACUUCGCCGAAGGCGACGGAUACCUCAAACUCCAGGACACAAAAUGCCAAACACUCGCCUAUAGCCUGACGGACUCCCCCACGGGACUAAUGGCCUGGAUCUACGAAAAGCUCCACGACUGGAGCGACGACUAUCCCUGGACUGAAGAAGAGGUCUGCACCUGGAUUUCCAUCUAUGCUUUCUCCCGCGAGGGACCUGCGGCGAGUACGAGGAUAUACUGGGAAUCUAACCACCCUAUCGGAGAAGGAUCUGUGAGUAGGAUGGACGUGAUCGAUAUGUACAUUCCGAAUGUGCCGCUGGCGUUGGCAUAUUUCCCACAGGAGUUGGCGAGAGUGCCGAAGUGUUGGGCUUGGAGCAAUGGGCCGGUAGUGCAGCAGAGUACGUUUGAUGUCGGUGGGCAUUUUGCUGCGUUUGAGGUGCCGGAGUUACUGGCUGGCGAUAUAAAGAAGUUGUUCGCGAAGGGCGGACCUUGCGAGGGAGUUGUGGUAGGGAAGAAAGGAUUCUGA